AUGGCUACACCAACAAUCGACUUACCACCAACAACGUGUGAAGAAGAGGUCACCACGCCCAUAUUGGAUAACGCUCAAGGACUAGCCUCUGCAAUAGGAGCAGCAGCAGUGGCGGCUGUAGCUGUCGGGGACGGUCUUACACACGGACUUGGAAGAGUCGCAUAUGGAAAGCCAUACGAUGGUCACAUCUCAGAAGAAGAUGGCCAGUUCCACGAUGUAGAUCACAAAGGCGCACGUGAGGCGAAACAACAGAAAAGCCUUAGGGAGGCCCAAGAGAAGUGGGAUGCUGCAACCAUGGGACCGGUAACAAGGGUCGAAACAGUUAUAGCGGCGGAGGGUGGAGGAGGAGAUGGGAGAGGAGAGCGGGAAGUAUGGGAGGGAGGAGGAGGAGGAGGAGGGCCAGAAGCGGUGCAGUUGCCGCCUAGAAAAGGCGCUGAUGUGGCAGGUCAACAGGUCAGAGCUGCUCUUUCCCGCUCCCGCCUUGGUCGUUCAAACCCCUCCAGCACAAGCUCCAGCUCAGGCUCACUAUCAGGCGCAUCCCCUUACAACGCUACCAAUACUACUGUCGCUGCUACAGCUGCUGCUUCCAACAACAGUCCCAAUAACCUCAACUUCAUACAAACCGGUCGCGUCACCAAGUCUCGUCAUCGCUCUUCUCUUUCCGCACCAAUCGCAGCGUCGCUUGUAAACGCUGCUGCUACGGAGAGUGCAAGAUUAUCCUACGAGGCAAAGCUUACGGCGGCACUAGCUGCUAACAUCGCCGGUACAAUGGCGGGUAGCCAGUCAACCACGACGACGACAGCUCUCCCCUCGCUAAAAUCGAACGGCCUCUCCUCGCUGUCACAAAAGGCCAAAACAAAUGGAACGACACCGACCCUUAGCACCGCCUCUUCUAUGGACAAAGAUGCUCCCGUGAUUUCCUUUUGGGGCCCAGAGCCAAUUGCUCUGCCCUCCCGCUUCGCCCGCAUCAAGCGCAACCUCAUCAGUGGUCACGAAGCUGAGCUCGAAGCUAGUUGGGCCCGCCUCAUUACUGCACUUCGCAAAGAGGUCAGUCAUAUAGAGGACCUUGGGGCCCACCUCAUUCCUUCAAUUGAGUUUGGCGACCUAGAUGACUCUGUUCAGACUGCGCGCUUUGGACAUGAUCUAAGGCGCUACGGUGUCGGCGUCGUCCGCAAGGUCGUACCAAGAGCAGACACAGAUACUGCAGUCCGCGAAACGGUCGACUAUCUCGAUAGCAAACGCCACAUCAAGGCACUCCAGCAGCAUGAUCCAGCCUGUUUCGACUUCUUUUGGACACCAGCUCAAGUCCGCUCGAGAGCGCACCCCAAUGUCCUCAGCGCCCAACGAUUUAUGAUGAGCCUAUGGGAGACCAACCCAGAUGAUCAGCUUGUCACAAGACUCCCUAUCACAUAUGUCGAUCGCAUACGCGUGCACGGAAAUGGAGAGAACCAGUCUAACAGUCUAAAUGUGCCGCCGCUCGAACCUCCACAAUCCGCCGACGAUUGGAUCCAGGCAUUACAAUCAUCUGCGGGUAUCACAGCACAAGUUGACAACGGGUCCCUGGAGCGCUGGGAGCCCGACGGCUAUCAACGCGCCGGCACCUAUAAUCAUAUCUUUCAUGGUCAAUGGGAAGACUACGAUCCUUGGAAAUGUACCAGUCGUACUUCUGUAACGACUGAUCUUUACAAUGGCUACGGUGCCUGCACUAUCUUCCGCAUGUUUCAGGGCAUUUUGGCACUUUCCACUGUCGAACCGGGCAUGGUUCGCCUCUUGCCUUCUCCCAAGCUUGCAACAGCUUACUACCUCCUCCGACCCUUUUUUACAACCAAGAAUCCUCCACCAGAGAAUCGCACUGGGCCUGAAUGGGAGGCAUAUCUUGCUCCCGAGAAUUGGAAGCUGCAAACUGAGCCUGAUUCCAUCAUUCACGGAGCCGUCCCGGGACACGCACAAAGAAUUACCGAAACAUGGCACCCCCAUUUGCAUCUACGAAAUAGCAUGAUUACUUUGCCAACUCUGCAGCCUGGAGACUACAUAUUCUGGCAUCCUGACCUUCCAUACUACCUCUCCAGUAACAACUAUGGUCUGAAAACACCUAGUGGAAGCAAGAGUGAAGUCAGCAUGCUCGUGUACAUUCCGGCAGCCCCGCUCACGCAAACAAAUGCACUCUAUCUCGCGCGUCAAAGGAAGGCAUUCCAAAGGGGCCAUCCCGGCCCGGACUUUGAUUCCACGGGAAGAGGGAUUGUUGAAGAAGAUGCCGAAACACGGCCUGGUGAAAAGGAAAUUGCCGAAGUCGGAGGCCCCUCUUCAUUACAGGCUAUGGGUCUUGCGCCGUGGGAAGUUGCAGGCACUCGCUCCGGAUCACCACCCUCGGAAAAGUCCAAGUCUAAGGCCGAUGAGGAUGUUGAGAUGGAGGGAGACGGAGAUGUCAAGAGUCUCACAAGCACAUCAUCGAUUUCUCGCGCGGAGGCUGAGGUCGUGCGCUUAGCCAAUAUCAUCCUCUUUCCAGAUCGCUCAAUGCUGGGGUACUCGGUUUGA